AUGGCAGCCAUCAGAGCAGAGGCCCUCCGAGGCCCAACAGAGGCAACCAUCCGCGAUGCCAUGACCCCCAUGAGCGAGGCCCCGGUCGUGCCAGUCCUGCUGUUGGGAGAUUCCGGGGUCGGCAAAUCCACCUUCAUCUCACGUCUCACAAAGGGCCAUGCCUAUCGAGGGCCGCUUCCACAGCUGCGCGACCUCGAUCAGCCCUUCGCCUUCCACAUCCGCAUGUACAACAGGCCCUAUCGAUUCGAGUUUUACGACACUGCAUCUCCAGAGAAUUACACCCUCCUACGACCAGCCAUGAUCAUCCUCUGCUACUCCAUCGCUGACCCCAAAACACUGACAUCCCUGCACACCACCUGGAAGCACCAAGUCGAGACGCAUUUCAAUUACGAUGAGUCUUUACCCGUGGUUGUUCUGGGUCUGAAACGAGAUGUACGCAGUCAGGAUGAUUACGGAGGCACGAUCCGUAGACCUGCUCCGAGUCAUGAGGAUGACGAAGCCGAUGGGGAUGAUGCCCUAUUGAAUGGACGCACAUUCGUCUACCCCCAAGAAGCACUACGCAUUGCACAGGAGAUGCGAUGUGACAUGUACGCCGAAUGCUCUGCACUGACUGGAGAGCUCUGUGAGGCCGCAAUUGAAGACAUCAGUAAAAGAGCUGCACGAACCACUACUGUCAAAGGCGCCAAGACAGAAAGCCCUCAUUGUGUCAUUCUCUGA